AUGCAGAACAAUGGCAUGCAACUGCGGACAAUUCCAACGUGGGACCUUCACAAGAUCCUUCAAGUCGCAAUCACAAAGCGACCUGGAGUAGGCAUCGGGGAGAGCACAGGGCAGAGCCGACUCAGACUGGCCGUUGCUGCUCGGAGAUUGGAAGAGGAGAUUACACUUUUCAACCGAGAAAAACAGCCUACACCCGCCGAGCCCACUCCCGCUGCUGAGCACGACCCGGACGUUGAAAUGCCAGACGAGCCCGCCGAGCCGACCGCUAAGCCAGCACCCGCGCCUACUGAGCCUACUCCCGAAGAGUCCUCUAAGCCUGCCUCUAACCCCACGCCUACCCCUGCCGAUAUCGACAUAGAACUGACCGACGACGAUGAGAGCCCAGAUGACGACGAGAUCCCAGAGGGCCAGUUCCUUACCCCUCCGGCUAUCGUGCUCCCAUUAGGGCUCGGUACCACAAACACCAUAGACGCCAAGGCAUAG